AUGGCUCUAAUUGAAGAUGUUUUUUCUCAUAUUAUUAGUGGUGAUUCAUGGAGAAAUUAUCUCGAUGACAGUGUACCAGUUAAUUUCUACCAUCAUUUUCGGAAUAAUAUUUUACGUUUUAAUAAAAGGUGGAACAAGUCGAUUAAAGUUGAGGAAAGAUCUUUUGGAGUUGGAUUGACAACCUACUGGAUAAUUUGUAUUCGAGUUAAAACCCAAGUUCGUUAUUUUCGUGAAUAUGGUGUUGGUACUAGUCGAAGUCGUGCUUUAGAUACUAGUUCAUAUAGACUCUACAAGUAUUUAAAUGAGCGAUUUGCUCGAUUUAUUCUGCCAUCUCAUAUUAUUGGAUUUCCCAAUAUAAGAGGGCAUUGUUUUUUAAUUUCAGCGAUUUUGCCUUUGUUUCAUUCCUUCCCAUUCGUUCAUAAUCUUAUUGAAGUAUUUGGAAAGCUGUCACUUCGACGAAAUCAUGGUGAACAGAUUACGCCUCCGGAUCAAAGAGAUGAGAUUGAGGUUCCAUAUUACUGGACUAAUUUAUUAUUCAAUUUGUAUUUGAAGUACCAUAAGGUUUCAAUUUCUGGGGUGUUAAAUUUGGAAAACGCCAAUCGUUUGGCUAUGAGGCUGAUGAAAGCUCCGGUGGUAUUUUUACCAUAUAUCGGUGAUAAAGGUGUUGUAGAGCUAGAUCGCCUAUUAAUUAGUGGUUUGUGUUCAUCACUUCGUGAUUAUUGUAAUAAUUUUUAUAACGAGCCUGGAGGAUUUGAGAAGACAGCUUUCUCCGAUAUAAUGUUUAAAUUGAGCUCCGAGGAUGUAAUAUGGCAGGAAGAAUUCUUUCUUCAAUUUAAAUGUACUUAUUAUUGUAGGCGUUGUACCUCAGUUUGUCCUGAUCAACGUUUCAGAGUACCAGUUAUAAAUUUGUGUCCUUUUUACGAGGUGCAAGAGCUGUUGGACGUAGUUGAAGCUUUACUAUCGUGUCAGGAAAUCAUUUGUACUAAGGAAUUGAAUGGUUUUCAAUGUGGUGGAGCAAUUCGAAAGGUUACUACUGGAUUUAUAACAAACAAGCCAAAAGUGAUUUGUUUAAGUGCUCCAGAGGGACUAAAUUUUGAAAAUAUAAAGAUACCUGAAGAGAUAUAUCUGACAGUUGAUGGCGAGAAAAUUUAUUAUGAAAGGUUGGCCAGUAGCAACUGUUUUAAUUGUUGGAAAUCCAAAAAUGAUAAGGAUUAUGGCGCUUUUUAUCACGAGUAUGAAGAAGGCGACAAGCUAACCGGUGGUCAUACGUAUGUUACAAUGAAGACUACCAAAGGAUUUUAUGAGAUUAAUAACGGUAUGUUAUUUACUUUAGAUACUCGACUGUUUCAGCGAAUAACCGCUGGUUCAAUUCAUUUCUUUCAAAGAAAAGAGUAUGGUGUUUAUCUGUCAAAUAUUAAUAUUGAUCAUGUAUAUUUGAAUCCACAUUAUUGAUAUAAAUAGAGAGAAUAAAAAGAGUUUAUUUGUAAUCUUGUUGUAUUUAGUUUAUUAAAAUUAUAUGAAACUUUAUUUUAGUACAAGUAAGUUGUGAUUCUCAUUUAUGAUGAAACAAUAAGCUUGGUGUUUAUGGAGAAAGAGUUAAUUCUCAUUUAUGAAGGUACUUUUGAUCUCUAAGGUUUCGUACAUUGGGAUUUAGGGUGUGAUGUAGAGUAGACGCGUUUACAUUGCUUACAUUGUUUGUGUUUACAUUGUGAGGUGAAUUGAAAAAUUUUUUGUUCAACUGUUAUCUUAAAACCAUUUGCUUUUAUCUGGUUAUAGUCUUCUGAGGAUUCAAGGUAUAAGAAAUUUUUUAUUUCAUCAUUAUUUUGAGUUUUUAUCAAUGAUUUGUUUGUU